CCGAGUCUAAACUCCCAAAUAAAAAUUCAGAAAACCAAACCAUUUUUUCCGGGAAAAGAGAUGCAAACCGGAACCAAAAAAAAAAAACCCCAAUGGCUAAAACCCAGUUAACAUCUCUCUUCUUCUUCUUCCUCUUCAUCUCCAUACCCAUCACCGUGAUUCAUUCACAAGCCAUAAACGAUGAACGAGCCAUUCUUCUCAACCUUAAACAACAACUGGGCAAUCCACCGUCCAUUUCUUCGUGGAACUCAUCAUCCUCUCCGUGCGUUUGGCCGGAGAUCUACUGCACUGCCGGUUCAGUAACCGAGCUUCACCUCCGUGAAAAAGACAUCACGGAAAAGAUCCCGCCGUCGAUUUGUGACCUCAAAAACCUCACUUUCCUUGACCUCGCCUGGAACUUCAUCCCUGGGGAAUUUCCGAUAAUGCUUUACAAUUGUUCAAAGCUUCAAGUCUUGGACCUUUCUCAAAACUAUUUCGUCGGUCAAAUUCCUUCUGAUAUUGACCGAUUAUCGUCUUUGAUUUCUCUUGAUAUUAGCGGCAAUAAUUUUUCCGGGAAUAUCCCAAUUAGUAUCGGGAAAUUCCCAGUAUUGCAAAGGCUAUAUAUGCUUCAAAACCUCUUCAAUGGCACAUUUCCUAAGGAAAUUGGUAAUUUGUCGAAUCUUGAAGAACUGGGUAUGGCGUACAAUCCUUUCAUUCCCAUGGAAAUUCCUCGAGAGUUUGGGUUUUUGAAGAAACUGACGUAUUUAUGGAUGAAGGAAACCAAUUUGAUCGGAGAAAUUCCGGAAAGUUUCAAUAAUCUUUCGAGUUUACAGUAUUUUGAUUUGUCUAUAAACAAUUUGGAAGGUCGGGUUCCAAGUGGUUUAUUUUCAUGGGAGAAUUUAACUAUUGUUUAUCUCUUCAAAAAUCAUCUUUCAAAUGAAAUACCCAAAGCUGUUGAUGCUUUGAAUUUGGUUGAAGUUGAUCUUUCCCAGAACAAUUUGACCGGUACAAUUCCAGAAGUCUUCGGGAAGUUACAGUCUUUGCGUUUUCUCAACUUGUUUUCGAAUCAGUUGACCGGAGAGUUGCCAGCGGCGAUCGGUUCAUUGCCUGCGCUGAAAGAUUUCAAGGUUUUUCAGAACAAGUUGACCGGAGUUUUACCGCCGGAGUUCGGGUUUCAUUCGAAGCUUGAAGCGUUCGAGGUGUCGGAGAAUCAAUUCAGCGGCGAUUUGCCGGGAAAUUUAUGCGCCGGCGGUGUUUUACAAGGACUGGUCGCUCAUACAAACAAUCUCGAAGGUGAAAUUCCGAGAUCGCUCGGGGAUUGUCGGAGUUUACGCACUUUUCAACUUCAGAACAACAAGUUUUCCGGCGAGAUUCCUUCGGGUUUAUGGAGAAGCUUCAAUUUGUCGACUUUGAUGUUAAGCAACAACUCGUUUUCCGGCGAAUUACCGAGCCGAGUUGCAUGGAACUUGUCGAGGGUCGAAAUCAGUGACAACAAAUUCUCCGGCGAAAUCCCCGCCGGAAUCUCUUCGUGGUUGAAUUUGGUCGUCUUUAAAGCCAGUAACAAUUUGUUCAACGGCGAAAUCACGAAGGAGAUAACAAAUCUUUCUAAACUGAUCACUUUACUUCUCGACGGCAAUGAAUUAUCCGGCGAACUUCCAUCGGAAAUCAUCUCGUGGGAAUCAUUGAACACAUUGAAUGUCUCCAGGAACAAGCUAUCGGGUCAAAUCCCAGCUGCAAUCGGAUCUUUACCCGAUCUGAUCAACUUGGAUUUAUCCGAAAACCGAUUCACUGGAGAAAUUCCUUCUGGGAUCGGCAAUUUGAGGCCAACUUCACUCAAUUUAUCAUCAAAUCAACUUUCUGGGAAAAUCCCAGAACAGCUUGAUAAUCUUGCAUAUGAAAACAGCUUCUUGCACAAUACCGAUCUCUGCGCCGAUGAUCCGAAAUUAAAGCUUCGAGACUGCAAUUCAAUCUUGAAGCACGAUCGGCCGAAGAAAUCGACACAUCGAUAUGUCACAGUGAUUGUAUCACUUGCAGUUGUUGUUUCCUUCGUUGUGUUUGUAAUGAUUUUCUUCAUUGUUAGAGACUAUAAGAGGAAAAAGAGUUCACAGUCCUUAGAGACAUGGAAGUUGACCUCGUUCCAGAGAUUGAAUUUCAGUGAAUGGAACAUAUUGUCGAAUUUGGUAGACGAUAAUCUAGUCGGAUUUGGAGGCUCGGGGAAAGUUUAUCGGAUUGAGAUCGACCGUUCGGGUGAAUCAGUUGCGGUGAAGAAAAUUGGGAAUCAUAAGAAACUAGAUCACAAGCUUGAGCAAGAGUUUUCGGCGGAAGUCGAAGUACUGGGAAGCAUUCGCCAUCGCAACAUAGUGAAGCUAUUGUGUUGUAUUUCGAGUGAGGAUUCGAAGCUUUUGGUGUACGAGUAUAUGGAGAAUCAGAGCCUUGAUAAAUGGCUUCAUAGGAACAAAGGGUCGUUUUCGAGUCAUCUUGCUGUUCUGGAUUGGCCGAAGAGGUUGAAAAUCGCUGUCGGAGCUGCACAAGGACUGUGUUACAUGCACCAUGAAUGUCCGACACCGAUCAUCCACCGCGACGUGAAGUCGAGCAACAUUUUGUUGGACAUCGAAUUCAAGGCCCAGAUUGCGGAUUUUGGACUCGCAAAAAUACUAGCCAGGCAUGCAAGUUCUCACACAAUGUCCACAGUUGCAGGAUCUUUUGGUUACCUUGCCCCAGAGUAUGCCUAUACGACAAAAGUUGAUACGAAAGUUGAUGUCUAUAGCUUCGGAGUUGUGCUCCUCGAAUUGGUGACCGGAAGAGAAGCGAACAGUGCAAACGAGAACAUGGGCCUAGUGGAAUGGGCACGUCAACACUCGUUAAACGAUCAAUCCAUCAUCGAAAUACUCGAUCCAGAAGUGAAAGAAUCGUCUUGCUUGGAGGAAAUGAUAAUGGUAUGCAAAGUAGGGGUUGUUUGUACACGUCCAUCACCUUCCACAAGGCCUUCAAUGAGGGAAGUUUUGCAUGUUCUCCAAAGCUGGUGUUCGGAGGAUGGUCAGGAAGCCAAGAAAGUGGGAAGCGAAUUUGAUGUCAUGCCACUUCUUGGUGGUGCCGGCGCCACUUACUUUUCGAGCUACAGAUACGACGAAGGUGACAACAAAGUUUACAACGUGUGAUAUACAUUAGCAGACCAUGAGAUCUCCUUCUGCUAAAUGUACAUGGACUGUUAUAGGCUAACCGAACAUGUAUCAAAGAAGUUCUAGAAAAUCAUGGAUACGAGUUAGCAUGGUUUCUUUAUUUGUAACAUUAAAACAUUUCAUAUUUAAUACAUAUUAAAUCACAUGUCAA